GAAUGAAUUUCUGAAAGUGUCAUUUAAGUUUCUAAAAUCUAAUGAAGGUUUAAAUUUCCUUAUUUAAUCACACACUUGAAAAAUAAUUUGCAAAUAUAUGAAGGAUUUAUCAUCUUAUUUUAUCAAGCUACUGCAGUGGCAUAUAAUAUUGUUAGUGUCCUUUGAUAGUCCCAGGAUACUCCCAAUUUUUCUAAUUUUCAAAGCUUACUCUUAAGUGAUGCAAUUUCCCGUCCACUUGUAGCUUUGUAACACAUUAUAACAUGUGAAGGGAGAAGCUUAGCAAGCACAUUGGUACGCUUGCCAGGUUGACUCCAUCUAUGUGUUCUCUAUCUAUCUUCCUCUAUAUGUUAUAAACGCAAAAUUUCUAUUAAGAUCUAUCUUUAGUGGAGACCAUUAAAAAAAUCACUUUCUUCCUCGCACCUGGUCUGAUUAGGUGACAAUAGGCGCGUUCAAGUUGAUAAAGCGGCUAGCCUGUUCGCCGAGCAAAUAAUUAGUUGUUACUUAUAGAUCCAAUCAAUAAUAUACAAUCGCUCGGUAAGUAUGCCUAGUCGCUUUACCGUCUUGAACUCGUCUACUGUCAAACAUAAUCAGACCGGGUGGCACGAGGAAGAAAGUGGUUUUUAGUUUGAUCUCCACUAAAGAUAUCAAUAGAAAUUUUCAGUGUACUUUUACUAUUUACUAUUUACUUACCUAUUAUAGCAAGAAAUCAAUAUGAUGCGAAAGAAGAAAGUUCUCAUGGUUUGUUUAGGGAAUAGUUGUCGCUCUCCUAUGGCGGAAGCGGUGUUUCAGGAUCAAAUCCGAAAAAUGGAUUUGAUAGAUUUUUGGGAAGUCGAAAGUGCUGCUAUUCUGGAUUAUCAUGUAGGCAAUGAUCCUGAACCUAGAGCGACAGCUACACUUCAGAAAGCUGGAAUUACGAAUUACUCUCAUAUUGCAAGAAAAAUCACGAUCGACGAUUUUUACAAAUUCGAUUGGAUAUUCGGAAUGGACAAAUAUAUUAUCGACAUAUUGUAUGAAAAGCAACCGGAAGAUAGCCAAGCAAAGAUAGAACUACUUGGGAAAUACGAUCCAUCUGGAGUAAUUAUCAUAAAAGAUCCUCUCUUUGAUGUUGGUAAUGCCGGAUUUGAGAGAGCAUUUCAGCAAGCUUUGAGAAGCGUACGCGCAUUCUUGGAAAUUCAUAAAGAUAAUAUGCUCGACAAAUCAUAAUGAAGAAGUUAAAAAUUUUUAUUUUAGAAAUACUAAAAAUAAGAAAAGAAAUUAGGAAUUAAGUUUUACCUAAUUUAUUCAACUUAUACAGGGUGUUCUAUAAUUCAUCCGACAAAAUUUGUGAACAGGUAGAACGGACUAAACUGAGACGGAAAGUCUUCUAUCAUUUUACAAUUUUCGCAAUAGUUAACGAAAUAUUAAUCUCUAAAGAUUAUCAAAUCUGUAUACUGCAGAGUACUUACAAAAUAAAUGAUAAAUUAUAAUAGAUUAAUAUAUUCACGAAAUAAAGAGAUAUUAACUUUUCUGAAAUCCAAUUUCUUUGUGAGCGCAAUAAUCUAUAGACGCGUUCUUUCACAAU